UUUGAAAACCAAACUCCCCCACCUAUAGGCCCCCUCACCGUCUCCAUUUAGUCGGCCACUUGUGCCUUUCUUAGUCGGCCAUCUGUGCCGUUCUUCCCAUCAUCGAUCGCCACUGAGAUCGUCGAAAACUCCUCAUGCUCACAUGGCUCCCAACUUGAUGCUCUUCUUUGUCUCCUCGGUGUGGGCCGCCUGGACGUGUGCGUUACCGCUGAUGCUUGCGACGGCGGCGGACGUGCAACGACGAGAGGACUGCCCGCCGGUGCUAUGCGGCAACGUGACCAUCUCCUCCCUGUUUGGAGUCGUGCCGGAGCAGGCUACGGUGACCAAGUGCGGCAUGCUCGGGUUCCAGGUUCACUGCUCCAACAACACCCCAUACCUCGGGUUCUACGAGGGUGCAUAUUGGUUCCAGAUCCUCAACAUCUUCUACGACGACGGCUCCUUGCUCAUCGUCGAUGUCCACAAGCUCCACGACUUCAGUAGCUCCGGCCCCAAAGGCUGCCACGCCCCGACAAACAACAGCACCACCAAGCUUGGUUUUCCAUUCUCCAUCAGUCCUGUCAAUCAGAACCUGAUCUUCUACAACUGCACCAAGGCGCCGGCAACGGCGGCGGGUGGGAGGAUUGUGGAGACGAUAUGCCGUAACCACACGUUUGUUCGCGUUGCCGAGCGAUACGAUGAGUCGGGCAGCUACUUUCUGAAGGGCUGUGAUGCUACCAUCGUGCCGGUGCUUGCGAGGUCUGGCGAGGCGAACGCGAGCAACUACGAGGAACUAAUUAGUGACGGCUUCCUCUUGACAUGGCCGCUGCUGCAGCCGAUUUCAGGAGAAAAGAUGGACACAAAGAUAAUUGGAAUUGCAUGUGGAGCAGGAGCGGGUGGUAUAUUGGUAGUAUGCUUCCUCCUUUUUGUCUGGCACACGCGCAAGAGAAGGGAACAAGCUAGAGCUCCAAAUGACCUCAUGCGUAAUGGAUCUUCAAUGCAAUCAUACAGCAAAGAUCUUGAGUUGGGUGGCUCUCCCCAUAUUUUCACUUAUGACGAACUUGAAGAAGCUACUGAUGGAUUUAGUGCCUCGAGGGAACUUGGUGAUGGUGGUUUUGGAACUGUUUACAAAGGAAAACUCGGGGAUGGGAGAGUAGUUGCAGUGAAGCGCCUUUACAAAAACAAUUACAAACGGGUUGAACAAUUCGUAAAUGAGGUACACAUCUUGUCCCGUCUACUCCACCAGAACCUUGUCAUCCUAUAUGGAUGCACAUCUCGUAGCAGCCGUGACCUUCUGCUGGUGUACGAGUUCAUCCCUAAUGGGACAGUUGCAGACCAUCUUCAUGGACCCCGUGCAGCCGAACGAGGUCUUACAUGGCCUGUAAGGAUGAACAUUGCCAUAGAAACAGCUGAAGCGCUGGCAUACCUCCAUGCAGUCGAAAUCAUACACCGUGAUGUUAAGAGCAACAACAUAUUGCUGGACAACGGCUUCCAUGUCAAAGUCGCCGACUUUGGGUUAUCGCGUUUGUACCCUCUUGAGGUCACCCAUGUCUCUACAGUUCCACAGGGCACACCAGGCUAUGUUGACCCUGUGUACCAUCAGUGCUACAAGCUAACUGAUAAGAGCGACGUGUACAGCUUCGGUGUUGUGCUGGUAGAGCUAAUAUCCUCUAAACCAGCUGUGGAUAUGAGCAGGAGCCACAGUGAGAUAAACUUGGCCAACAUGGCUCUCAACAGAAUUCAGAACAGUGAAGUUGAGCAAUUGGUCGACCCCGAGCUCGGCUACGAGACUGACAGCGAAACAAAGAGAAAGAUAGAUCUUGUCGCCGAGUUGGCUUUUCAGUGCUUGCAGUUAGAAAGGGAGUCGAGGCCAUCGAUCAAGGAGGUAGUAGAGGCCUUGAACUGUAUCAAGAAUGGGGAGUGCCCGGCAAAACGGAUGGAUAGGAACUCAUCUCCAAAGGAAGAUGCACACUUGCUGAAGAAUAGCCUACAGUAUUCGCGUGAUUCGGUUAUCCACGGAUUCCAUAGUCAAUCAACUAACCACUCGGUAGCAUAAAAUGCUAGUGGAUGAGAUACUUUUACUGAUCUUAAAGAAAUGAAGCCCUGUCGGAUGAGUUGUAUGUAGUUUAGAGAUUUGCUAAUGAGCUGAUUCAUCUAGGUAAGUUUUUUUUUUUUUUUACUAAUAAUGAAGUAUAAGCUUAUGUUGUACGCAUUACUCUGAGCUUGCAAGAAAUUCAACAAGUGGGCAAGUAGUGGAGGCAAUGUCAAAGUAAACAUUGUAAUAUGUAGUAUUCUCAUGUUGAAAAAAGAAAGGUAAGCACGAUGUUGAACUGAGCAACACGAAACAAAGAAAUCCAGUACGUAGUU